AGUAAUCUAACGAAUUUUAACACGCAAUAUUUUUCUUAAUAAAUAAUUAAAACUAUGCGACAAUUUGUGACGUUUUGUUUGAAGUUCUUGAAUUACAUGGGCAUUUUAAUCGGCUUCACCAGUCUCCGCGUGGAUUACUCCACGCAGAAGGUAGUCAAAUCGAAGCCUGCCAAUUACUAUGUGGUGUUCGCAAAUGUUACUAUGGUGGCCUUGCUGCCAUGCGCCCAUGCAGUUUCCAUCAACUACAUCACUGCGAGUUUCAAUAAUAAUUUACUCGCUUUCACCGACUCCGUCAAUUUAUUCAUUAACUACAUUGUUAUUGUAUUUUCGGUAGUGAGUCGACAUCGCCGCGAAAAUAUUUACAUAGAAAUCUCGGAUGAAGUACGUAAGCUUGACCUAACCUUCUUCAACAAGUUUACGUUGAAUUCAGGCAUUGAGAAGCGAGCCGAUUGGAUGUUGAUCAUCAAAAUAUUUACCCUCAGUCUAGUGGUGCACGUGCCCAUUUAUGGUGUAUUCCAGCAGGCGAUACGCGUCGAUGCGAAUGUCAUCAUGUUGGCAGUAUACUCGAGCAUCAUGAAGGGCAUUCUCCAUGGAGUCAUGUUUUUGUUUUUCUUCAUGCUGUGGCUAGUGCGUACGCGCAUAUGGAGAUUGAAUGCACAUCUUAAUGAUCUUCUGCAUAGACAGCUGAGGCUACAUGGAAGCACAAAUGUGAAUUUGGCAUACCGCAGUGAUGUAUUACUCGCAGCAGAGGAGCUAAGGGAGAUGGCUAGGGUACAUGCACGCCUCAUCGCAAUGCUGCAGCGCCUCAAUGCCGCGUAUAGAUGGCAGGUGAUUGCAGUGCAGCUGACGUAUUUGAUAAGCAACAUUUCGUAUGGUUACUAUAGGGUGGCAACGUUGAAUGAUUCCAUAUAUCAACAUCAGACUGUGCCUUCUCUCAUUGCAUCUUUUGUGGCAAGUACAGUUGUAUUUCUGGACAUCAAUUUACUAUAUUGGGCAGCAGAUGCAACAACGAGUGCUUGCCAACACACCGCCAGCUUAUUGCGCAACUUUCAGGUGUUGUCGUUUAUGGAUGCAGCAUUUGAGCAGCAGUGCGAAACAUUUGCGCUGCAAUUGAAACAACAAAAUAUGCAUAUAAACAUCGCCGGAAUGUUUAAUCUAAAUCGGCAGACUGCAUUGGCGCUCUGGGCCUUUUGUGCGCGCCACAUACUCAUUCUGGUGCAAUUCGACUAUGAGGCACGCAAUCAAGGGAAUGGGUCAAGUGGUGUCCUGGAGCAUGUUAGCCGUUUGCUACAAUUUGGCGAGAUUUGGGGAGAGGAGUGAAGGUGAACAACGAAACAAAAAAGUGUAUUAAAAUCGGUUGAGUGGCUUCGGAGUUUUCGAAGCAGGCACAAUCCCCCACACAUACAUUAAUUUAAUUUAUUAAGUGAAGUAAGGGAUUCAGAGAGGUUUUCAUCUUACUAUUACUAGCAUAGCUGGAGUUUAUUUUUUUGGCUAAUCUUUAGUUUCUAGGCAAUGGAAUAAGAUUUAAAUCCGCAAACAUGAUAUCACCGACGUUUUCGUUUAUCGCCCCGACAACCUCAUUUUCUAUGUUCAUAUUACCAGAGCGAAUCGUUGUAAGCAGCGCUUUGUUGUUGCAUAUACAUAAAAACGCGAAUCUUUUGGGCGCCCGUUUUGAUUUUUCACCGUGGUCGUA